AUGAGUAUUUUUAAAAAUGAAGGUUUUGCCAUACUUGCUGCUAUAGGGAUGAGCUUAGGAGGAUACUUGUUCUAUAAAAAUACUUAAAAAAAUCAAAUAAAAGAAGAUGAGGCUAAUUAGGAAUAAUUAGACGAAUUAAUUGAUAGAUAAAGAAUGUUAAAUAUAUUGAAUUCAAUAAGAUAUAAAAUGAAAUAUUAUCAUAGAUUGGCUUAAAGUGUUAACAGAUAAAUGGAAGGAAAAACUGAAUAGUUUAAAUAAACCGCUCGUCAACAGUUUUUUGAAAAAUUUACAUAAAAUGAUUACAAAAUAAUAGUGAAGAAUAUUUGUUAAUACGAAUAUGGUGUUUCUUAUGAAGACUUCAGCGAUAGUCUAGAGUAUUACGCUUAUAAAAAAGACGAAGAGAUAGUUAAAAUAGAUGACUUGAUAGAAAAUGAGUUUAAAUAAAAUCUUUAAGGUAUUAAAACUGUUUUAUCACCAAGCAAUUAUCUAUUGACAAAUAUUGAUAAGUAAACUGCGAAAGAAAUCUUCAAAGAAAUUUAUUGUUUUAAAUUCUACUUAAUAGUGUAAAAAGUUAAAGAAUAUCUUAAAACUAAUACUAAAAUAGUUGAAAACGAAGAUUUUUAUAAGCAAUUUGAGAACAUUUACAAGAUUAUCGACGAUAAAUUGAAAGAGUUCUUGCUUAUCGAUUAAAUCGAUGCAUAAAAUAGAAACUUUAAUUGUUUCUUUGAAUUAUUAGUUUAUUAUUGUGAAGAUGACCUUAACUACUCUCAUUUUAUAAGAGAGAUGGAAAUUUAGUCCAUCCUUCUUUUUGAAAGAAUCCUUAAUCAAAAUGAUGAUAUUGACCUUAAAUACAUAAAAAACUAGUUUAAGAAUCUUUGA